AUGAUUGCAGUGGGCCCUCUCUGCUCCCUUGGGAGCUUGUUCCUCUUGGCUGCACUGCUUCCUCUGGAGCUGAGUAUGGGAGAGGAAGGGAAGGAGCCAGCUGCCCUGAGUGCCCUGGCUAGGGUGCCCUCCUUGCCCCUCAUCCAGGUGCUGCUGGAGCAGGUCCCCAGUGUCUGGCCCUGCUGCCACCGGAAGCAGCUGACCAGCAGGCAACCACUGCGUUACAUGCUCAACCUGUACCAGAAUGUGGCAGACCAGGCUGGGCGACCUCGCCAGAACCGUAAGCUGGGUGCCAAUGCUGUGCGCCUGGUCAAGCCCUUUGCCAAGACAAGGCAGCCUGGGGCAGGUCCCUGGUACAUGCAGACUCUUGACUACCACCUGAACGUCCAGCCAGGCAUGGAACAUCUGGUGAGAGCCACUGUGGUUUAUUCAAAGACUCUGCUGCUGGCUCAUGCCCAGCUCUUUUGUGUGGUUCAGCUGGAUGGGGAGGCUGGGGUUCCAAAGCUCUCACCCCCUCGAAGAGGCAAGAGGAAUGCCCUUGUCUCCUCUAGGAUGGACAGCUGGGAGGAGAGGGACAUCACCUCCCACUCUUUGCCCUGGGCCUGGGACUCCAAGAAGAGCCAGCUGCUCCGCCUUAGUCAUGUGUGUAUCCGGCUGGGACCAGCUGAUGGCUCAGAGCCUGAAGUUGUCUGGGAGAAGACUGAUUCCUUGAAUGACCCUUUCCUGUUGCUCUACCUCAAUGACACUCAGAAAGGCUUCCGGGCCAAGAUGGGGAAAGCUGGCUUGAAGGAGACUCCUGAUGGGCCAGUGCUGAGUCGCAAAGCUCGCCAGGCAGGCAACCUCAUUCUGGAUCUCCCCAGCUACUCGCAGAAGACCAGUGCUGAGAAGGAUGAGUGUGCUCUCCGCUCCUUCCGGGUCAGCUUCAACCAGCUGGGCUGGGACCACUGGAUCAUAGCCCCCCAUCGGUACAACCCCAAAUACUGCAAGGGCACAUGCCCCCGCAUCCUGCGCUAUGGCUACAACUCCCCCAACCAUGCCAUUGUGCAGAACUUCAUCAACCAGCUGGUGGACCAGAGCGUCCCCCGACCCUCCUGUGUGCCCUACAAGUAUAGCCCCAUCAGCGUUCUGAUGAUCGAGCCUAGUGGCAGCAUCCUCUACAAAGAGUAUGAAGACAUGAUAGCAGAGUCCUGUACCUGUAGAUAAAGCCCUCCACAUUUGAACCAGUCAUUAUGUCUAACACCCAUCAGUGCAUGAAGACAUGGUGAUCCUUCACCCGGCCUCCCCACAUCAACUCAGUCUUUGGUGAACCAGAUGCCCAGCUGUCUGAAUUAGUUUGCUCAAUGUGCCUCUAAAUAUUUUUUUAUUUU